UGGGCCCGGCCGGAGGGCGCGCGGAGCGAAGGGCGGCGGCGGCGGCGGCUGCUCGUGCUCGGCCCGGGCUCCGGAUCGCUCUGCCCCGGCUCUGGUCCGCUCCCCGCGCCCCCAGCCCGGCCCCGCGCAGGAGCGGCCAUGCCGCCGCGCCGCAGCAUCGUGGAGGUGAAGGUGCUGGACGUGCAGAAGCGGCGGGUGCCCAACAAGCAUUAUGUCUACAUCAUCCGGGUCACGUGGUCCAGCGGCUCCACUGAAGCCAUUUACCGGCGCUACAGCAAGUUCUUUGACCUCCAGAUGCAGAUGCUGGACAAAUUUCCCAUGGAAGGAGGACAGAAGGACCCCAAACAGCGGAUCAUUCCCUUUCUGCCAGGCAAGAUUCUCUUCCGCCGGAGCCACAUCCGGGACGUGGCCGUCAAACGCCUGGUACCCAUCGAUGAAUACUGCAAGGCUCUGAUCCAGCUGCCGCCCUAUAUCUCCCAGUGUGACGAGGUGCUGCAGUUCUUUGAGACGCGACCUGAGGACCUGAAUCCCCCAAAAGAGGAGCACAUUGGGAAAAAGAAAUCUGGAGGUGACCUGGCCUCGGUGGACCCCAUGGUCCUGGAGCAGUACGUGGUGGUGGCCAACUAUCAGAAGCAGGAGAGCUCGGAGAUCAGCCUCAGCGUGGGGCAGGUGGUGGACAUCAUCGAGAAGAAUGAGUCAGGUUGGUGGUUCGUCAGCACGGCUGAGGAGCAAGGCUGGGUCCCUGCCACCUGUCUGGAAGGGCAGGACGGUGUGCAGGACGAGUUCUCCAUGCAGUCUGAAGAAGUGUCCUGGAGGUACUGGUCUUUGCCCCGGUCCGUGGGCCGCCGCCGGACUCUGGGGGACUUGAAUGCCAUCAGCUGGCGCCCAGAGGAGAAGUACACCGUCAUCUACCCAUACACAGCUCGCGACCAGGACGAGAUGAACCUGGACAGGGGGGCCGUGGUGGAGGUCAUCCAGAAGAACCUGGAAGGCUGGUGGAAGAUCAGGUACCAAGGCAAAGAAGGCUGGGCCCCCGCCUCGUACCUGAAGAAGAGCAGCGGGGAGCCCCUACCCCCGAAGCUGGGCCUCAGCUCGGCCGCCCACCCCGGUGCCCUUGACCUGGACGGUGUUUCCCGGCAGCAGAAUGCGGUGGGCAGGGAGAAGGAGCUGCUCAACAACCAGAGGGACGGCCGGUUUGAAGGGCGCCCGGGGCCCGAGGGCGACGCCAAGCAGAGAUCGCCAAAGAUGAGGCAGAGACCGCCCCCUCGCCGGGACAUGACCAUUCCUCGAGGCCUCAACCUGCCCAAGCCACCCAUCCCACCACAAGUGGAAGAGGAGUAUUACACCAUCGCCGAGUUCCAGACCACCAUCCCCGAUGGCAUCAGCUUCCAGGCCGGCCUGAAGGUUGAGGUGAUCGAGAAGAACCUGAGUGGCUGGUGGUACAUUCAGAUUGAAGAUAAGGAGGGCUGGGCCCCAGCAACCUUCAUUGACAAGUACAAGAAGACCAGCAAUGCCUCGAGACCCAACUUCCUGGCUCCCCUCCCCCACGAGGUGGCCCAGCUCCGGCUUGGGGACACAGCCGCGAUGGAGAACAGUCCAGGAGGCGAGGCUGUCGGGCCCUCCCGGCCCCUGCCCGAGGCACCGCAUGGUGCCGUGGACUUGGGGAUGCCAUGGUCCAAAGACUGGAAGGGUGGGAAGGACGUCCUGCGUAAAGCAUCUUCAGACAUGUCCGCGUCGGCAGGCUACGAGGAAAUCUCGGACCCCGACCUGGAGGAGAAGCCCAGCCUCCCUCCGCGCAAGGAGUCCAUCAUCAAGUCAGAAGGGGAGCUGCUGGAGCGGGAGCGGCAGAGGCUGGAGCAGCUCCGGGGCUCGUCGCCCAAGGCCCCGGGCAUGAUCCUGCCCAUGGUGCCGGCCAAGCAUGCGUCCCCGGCCCGGGACAGCAGGAGACUGGAGCCCAGACCCGACAAAAGCAAGGUGUUCCAGCUGAAGAACGACAUGGGGCUGGAGUGCGGCCACAAGGUGCUGGCCAAGGAGGUCAAGAAGCCCAACCUCCGGCCCGUGCCCAAGUCCAAGGCCGAAGUGCCCGACGAGAAGCCGGAAGCUGCACCCCAGAACCCUUUCUUAAAGUCCAGACCUCAGGUUAGGCCCAAACCAUCUCCCUCCCCCAGGACAGAGCCACCUCAGGGUGAAGACCAAGUGGACAUCUGCAACCUCAGGAGCAAGCUCAGGCCUGCCAAGGCCCCAGAAAAAGCCUCAUUGGAUGGCGAGGCCCACCCAGCUCCUGGGGGCCAGGAUGCGGUCUUUAGCCGAAACUUCCUCUCUGGGGAAGCACCUGGCCGCGUCCAGGACAGGCUGGGCAGACAAGAUGGGCUCAGCCCAAAGGAAGCAGCCUGCCGGGCUCCUCCGCGACCGGCCAAGAACACAGAGCCCACGCCCAAGACCGUGCCCGUCCCUCUCCAGGAAGCUCAGAGGCCAGCGGUCCCACCCCGCAGACCACCUCCACCCAAGAAAACAUCCGGGUCCUCCUCAUCCAGGCCCCUCCCAGAGGUCCGAAGCCCACAGCGCGAAGCCCACGAUAGCAAGGCAGCUCCUGCCCCAGGCCGUCCCCUGCUAGUUCCUCCGAAAGCCAAACCAUUUCUCUCCAACUCCCCGGGAGGCCAAGAGGAUGUGCGAGGCCCGUGGGGUGCUGGCAGGGUGGGGGACCACAGAGAGAAGGCCAUUGCCGCUUCCUUCCCCAACGCCGAUGGCCCCAAGGAUUCUUUGUAUGUGGCUGUGGCCAACUUUGAAGGAGACGCAGACACCAGCAGCUUCCAGGAAGGGACGGUGUUCGAAGUCCGGGAGAAGAACAGCAGCGGCUGGUGGUUCUGCCAGGUCCUGAGCGGGGCGCCUUCCUGGGAAGGCUGGAUCCCUUCCAACUAUCUCCGCAAGAAGCUGUAGGCUGUCCCCUCAGCCUCCAUGCCCCGCAGUCCCUGCUGGUUACCCACGUAUUUAAUAUGCCUCUUAAUUUAUCAUUCUCCAUGCAGCUUCCAAGGAAGGAAGACCCGGAGUCCUGUGGUUUCGUCCCUCCCCUGGGUGCUGAGCGAGUUGCUGAGACGUCAGGAGCUGGGGGGUGGGGGGUGGGGGGUGGAGGGUAGGGGAGUCUGAUGCCUCCCAUCACAGCACCCUCUACAGGCUCCGAAGCCACAGCCCUGGCUCUGUCCACAUCAGCAUGGCCUGCCUUCUGGGAACUCCUCCUCCAGCCAGUGGCAUUGCCAUCCGCAGCGGACAAUGACCCACCCAGGCCCCCAGGAUGAGACAGAAUCUGCUGCUGCAGAACCUCCAGAGGAGGUCUCAUGGCUUGGAUGAGGCACAGCGAGGGAUGUCCCACGCAAUUCAGGAUGACUUGCUCUGACUUCUCCACGUUUCCAAAAGCCAUGUGGCUUUACCCACCCUCUUUCCAAAAUGCCUGGUGCCAGAAAGGACCACAUCCUGUAGAAGUCAAGUCCAUGGCCAAUCUCAAGGAAAGGCUGCUCUUCCCGAGGCCUGGGGCCCAUGGGCCUCUGAGGUCCAGCAAGAUGCAGCAUCCCCAGGAGUGAGCCCGGAGGUCCUUUCGGCCACCCUGCGUCCCAUCCUCUAACUUGGGACCGCGCUUGUGGGACUUUCCUGCUGCAGGCUCCCAUCUGUCCAGGGCUUUUAAAUAAGAGUUGCCACCCCCCAACACGGGGUGUUUCAUUUUCGUCUCCCUAGACAAGAGUCACAAGGUUGUUUGAAUCAAGGGGCCAUUCACAAGGUGUGCCUCCUGUGAGCACCCCUUUGCUGAGUAGCUACUAGGUGCCAGGCUCUGUACUUGACACUUUGCAUUCAUGGGGUAACCCUUCCUUAUAAUGUACCCAUUUUACAGAUGAGGAAACUCGGGUUCAAUGUGCCCAAGGGCACACUGCCAGGGAGAGGAGGAAAGAGGAUUAGAACCCAGACCUGCCUGGCUUCAAUGCCUGUGCUCUUCCCUCUGUAAGAGGCUAACCAAGCAGGGAAGAGAACAGAGCUGGCCGGGUACCAAGAACAGGUGUCCCAGGUGACUUCCUUAUAGUAUAGGUGAGGGGGCACUGCGGCUGCUCCCACACCUCCCCACAUCCCUCCAACCCAACUGUGCCAUGUGUCACAGGCUACCCUAGGCUCUCUGCACCUGCUUCUCCAAGACAGAGGGUGCCUGGGUCUCUAGUCGUUGGCACAGAGCCCUGCUCCUUGCUCCUGUGCUCGUCCCGCUGUAGGACAGCACUUACGGUGCAAGGGGAGCUGAGGUGGUCUCACGGCCAGCCUUGAGGGGCCCUGGUGGCUCAGGGACCAGCACUGGCUCUCCAUCAAAGCAAGCAUGGCAAGCAGUAGCCCCUGACGGGACAGAGCCUCCAAGGGCAGGCAGACUCCUCCUGUCCCUGCCCUGCUAUGGUAUGUGUAUAGUUUUCUUCCUUCCUUUUAUUUUGUCAGACACUCUACCUGGCUGUUUUCUCCUUGGGAGGAACCCAGGGAACUCCUUCCACCCAUUUGGACAGAUGGGGUUAACUGAGGCUUAAAGAGGCACUGCGUGGGCCUUGCAGAACUUUCGAGGACCCGCGGGUUCUAGCUCCCAGGGCAGAGCUCUUCCCACUGUGAAGCCGGCCACCUUGGGGGUUAGCACACAAAGCCCCUUCCUCUCCUACUCCACCCUGCGGAAGCAAGGCUACUCCAACCUGCCCCCGCCCCUCCCAGGGACCCCCAGCUUACAGUGUGCUGCGGGCCGCGCUCUUGGGACCACAGAGCCAGCAUUCCUGGGGAUGCUGCCAUCCAUUGCAGUGCCAAAGAUUCUGUGCAAAUAGCCUCCUCUGCGCCCCACGCCCCAGUCCUGCUCUGAGUGACACUUGGCUCUGAGUGCUUCUGCCCAGAGCCUCCUCCCAUCUCCAGCAGCCCUGCAACUCCCACCCCAGAGACUGUCAGGACAGGGUCCUCCUGUUCUCAGGCCCUGGAGGAGGGCCUGGGGGAGGGCUUUGCAGAGCUGCCCCACUCCCACCCCUGCAGUAGCAUAGUUUUCCUGAGUUUUUGACGCACUUGGGUUCAAACAGCUUUUGCAGAGCUGUUAAGUGGGAUUUGACCACAAUUCAGAAAACAAAACCCAACAUGUUUUUUGCUGAUUUGCUUUUGUUUCCAUGUAUUUCGUGAGCACCUACUCUGUGCUUGGUGCUAGACACACCGGGAUGUGUGUGGCUUCAUCCCUGGCUGUGACUUCAGUCUGCUGACUCCAUGGAAGGAGUUUGUCACUGGCCUUGUUCCCUCCUCCCAGUGGCCAGCUGGGUGGGAACAGACUGGCUCUGCCUCCCUGUGGGCAGACAAUUUUCCUGCCCAGGGAAGAGUUGGAUUUUGUUUUGUUUUGUUUUCCUCUGCUAGCGUGAGCUGUAGGUACUGAAGCCACAUUCCUCUCUUCUUUCCUCGGGUCACAUCUGUGGCCAUAGGACUCCUGCAUCCAGCUCCUGCUACCUUGGUGGACACUUCCCCAGGCGGCUGGAGUGGGUGGGCUUGAGGGCCAGCGACGUUCCUGCUGUCCCUAGUCCGGGGGCAGUCAGUGGAACAUGCAACGCUCCACCAUGGAGUUAUCCAAGGCCAUGGUGACUGCUUCCACGCCUAGCACCGGGCAGGUUACCGGCGCUUAAACACGCUCCCUCCUUCAGCUUCAGUCAUGACAACCCCGUGAGGUGGACAGCAUCUGCCCCGGAUUUGUAGUGAGAACAUUGAGUUUCAGGGGGUGGAGCCACAUGCCCAGUCUCGUCCCCAUAGUGACAUUGGAACUCUAGUCCAGUAUUUUUUUCCCUCCCCCAGGCCCAUGAUGUAUCCUCUGCCGUCAGCAGUAAAAUGCUCACAGGGCUUCAAGAGACACGGGUGACCCUCCCUCUGAGUUCAGGUGUCUCCCCCUCCACCGUUUGGUCAAACAUUUCAGUAGAUCACAAGCUAAAUGCCAGCCCAAAAGGUGGGCAGCAGUGGGGCCUUAUUUCUCCCCUGACCCCCGCUUAUGACCUCAUGAUAACUACUUUAUCUUCCAUCUUUGCAAAAAGACAUGGUGCCACUGAUUUUUUUUUUUUUUUUUUUUUUUUUUUGAAAAAUCAAGUUUAGCACCACCACUUGAUAAAAUAGGCAUUGGUACAAAUGUUGUGCUCUGAAUCUUUGCCAUUUGUGGGUUUAUAUCAUUGUCCCAGGCUGAGACCUAGCAAGAGCCCCUAUCCUCCCAGGAAAUUGCUAGAGACUGUCCCAGGCUUAUAGUAGUCCCUUUGAAGCCCCUGCCAUAAAACUCCUCCAUGUAAUGAGCUGUAAGGUCAAGUUCUUGGCCUUAAGCCUUUCCAAAGCCCACUGGGGAUUUCAUCAGCAGGUAGAAGGUGGAGAACACACUUGCCAUGUUAAAGGGCAGGUGCUAAAUCUCCCCAGGACUCGGGAGGGCCCCUGGGUGAGGGAUGGAUGGGCGAGUGUUUACUUUGGGCUCAAAUAGGUGGUGGCUUAACUUCAUCAUCAAGGACACAGACGUUUGUGACUGUGUGUGGGUCUCUUAGUGUUGCUGUCGGCCAUCCCCUGGGAGGUCUUGCCCUUUUCUUUUGUCUGUGAUAAUGGGCCCCAGACAGCCUGAGCCCUAUGUGGCCAUCUUGUCUCCCCACUGCUGACUGUCCAGGCCUCAUCUUCGGGGCUUUUGUGUAUACAGCAGACAGCCAUACUGUACCACAGACCACAGAUGUCCUGGUGCUAGGCUAUGGCCCCAGUGAAUGUAAGGCGGCUUGCAUUGCAGCCUGAGCGUGUGGGGAACACUUCCUUGGCCUGAAAGAAUUGCUCCUGCCAUGAGCAAGAUGAUGAUGUCUGAGUUGUCCACCACCCAGGCAGAGCUCCAGAAGCACCAUAACCCUGGCCUGCUCAGGGGCUGCCUUGAGCCCCCUUUGUCCAGGCUGGGCCAUCCAGCUCCGCUGCGGGAUGUCUGGUUCCUGGUGCUCCCCUACUAAGUUGAUUGAGCCCCUCAUCAUCGUCUUACAGCGUCCCAGCUUCCUCUCCACUCCAAAGUCCGCCCUCUUGGCUCCUAUCAGGGAUGAGGAGCUCAAUCUCUUUUGACCUUGAAGAGGCCUUCACUUUCAGAUCUAACGUGCAAAAGGUGUCCUCACCGAUUGAUUACAGCAAUAAGUGAUUCCCAUACACCUGUACUGUCCAUGUUUUUACCCCAACUGUAUGCCUGUUGAUGCCUUUGUGUCUGUGUAAUUAGUAGUAACGCCCCUCUCACAUACAGGGUGGUGAUAAACCGUGGUCACCUUAGCUGCCACCCAUGUGCCCUGCUGCAGGGAGCCACCAAGGAACAAGGCCGUUUCUUGGGUCUCUCCAGGAACAGUAGGCUCUGGCACCUGCUUCCUGCUCAUCGUGGCGUAGCAGGAGGGCCCUGGGUAUUCAGCAUGUUUAUACCCUGUCGGCAGACUGACAAGUUCUGGUGGUGGUGGUUGUUUGCCUUCGACACACACACAAAUUACCUACAUAUAUAUAAUGUGAGGGGGAGGGCGUGAGCAGUUAGCUGUAGCAUGUGUAGACUGCAUACUUUACCAUUAGACCUUUCCUUUUUUUUUUUUUUUUUUAAAUAAAAAAUGCUUGACUGGUUUCAAGCUUCAUUGUGAA